AUGCUUGUCACAACCCCCGAAAGACAACGGUCUGCCGCUCCGCAUUUGGCCUCGCGCCCCAAGGGCCUGCCUCGCACCUUUCUGCUCCCUCCGUUGUCGUCCAUUUUGGCGUCCGAGACGCCGUUCAAGCCGCAAUUGCCGUCCAUCGCCACGUUUGCAACGCCGCAGACCCCACGCUACGUUUUGCCGCCAGCGUCAGACCCCCGUGCGUUUGUCACGCCGCUCCCAGCCAGUGCCCGGCCCCACAUCUCUGUCAGCGUGCCUGCCGCAGACCCAAAACAGCCCAAGUUGGUGCUGUCGCCCACAGACAAGGACUCCGACGCAGACACCUCCAUGAACGACUCCAUGGUGCGCUUGUCCUCCAAAAGAAAACACUCGACCACGUCGCCCACGCGAGACUUUGCCUUCAUUUCUCAUUCGCCCGCCACAUAUCCCUCGCAGGAACCUUCCAUUGACAAUGCAUCGUUGGCGCGCCGCAAAAGAAGAAGAACGUCGCCGCAUGAGUUGGCCAUCUUGAACCAGGAGUUCCAGGCCGGCUCAACGCCCAACAAGACCAGGCGCAUCGAAAUCGCCAAAAAGGUCAGCAUGACCGAAAAGGCCAUCCAGAUCUGGUUCCAAAACAAAAGACAGUCUCUCCGCAGGCUCCGGGCAGCAGACAAGGAAGUCACAGAGCUUCCGCCUACGCCAGACCUGUCUGCCGACCACGUGGCUACUUCUACCGUUCUUGAGCUUACUCCUCAUAAACCAGGCUUGGUCAAGUCUCACUCGCAGAAUUUUGCCGUCAGCCCUGCCAUGGCGCAGCUGUCGCCCAUCCGCUCGUUGUCUGUGUCCAAUUUGACCCACAUGGACCCUGCGAACAAGGCUAAGGACUCUCUUCUCACCAAAAUGCUAGCGGCAGACGAAAGCGGCUCCAAGUCGCAACUGAGCCUCGUUCUAAAUUUGACAAAGAAAAAACAGCCCGAGUUUGCCCGCCAGUCUCCUGCCGUGUCAACACAGGUGAUGACUUUCCGUUUGGCUCCGUCAAAGGAACGCAAGCCGCUUGCCCCGCUUGACCACAAUAAAAACAGUAACUGCAAGAGCACCAAGGAGCUGCAAUGCGUGCAAAACUUGCUUUCGUUGAAAAGCGCCAGCUACUAA